AUGAAAAUCGAGCGGCUUCAACAGCGUGAGAGAAAGGCAAGUGAAGAGGCUAUGGAGACGCCUGGUGGCAGCAUGGCUGAGCAGGUGCUGGCGCUGGGCCCAGCUAGUCCUGGCGACGGCGAAACGGAGCGGAGAGAAAACGAGGGCGCCGUCGAGCGAAGUACAAAGAUGGCCGAGGAGAAGCCUUCGCACCCUUACGACGUAGAUGGUGCCGACGGCCAGUCCAGAAGCGGCUGGUAG